CUCUGUUUCCUCUUCCUCUGUCUCAGGACAUGGAAAUAACAGCCAACGAACUGAAAAACGUUCUCAACAGAGUGAUCACUAAACAUAAGGACCUGAACACGGAGGGCUUCAGUCUGGAGAGCUGCAGGAGCAUGAUUGCUCUGAUGGACGUAUCCUUUAUGGACGGGACCGGGAGACUCAACCUGCAGGAGUUCAGACAUCUGUGGAAUAAGAUCAAGCAGUGGCAGGGAAUCUUCAAACAUUACAACGCUGAUCAGUCCGGCAGCAUCAACAGCUACGAGAUGAGGAACGCCGUCAACGACGCAGGCUUCCGUCUCAACAACCAGCUGUACGACAUCAUCACCAUGCGCUACGCCAACGAGAGCAUGAACAUCGACUUCGACAGCUUCAUCAGCUGCCUGGUUCGGCUCGAAGCCAUGUUCAGGGCGUUUCAGGCCUUUGACCAGGACGGAGAUGGAACGAUCAGACUCAGUGUGCUGGAGUGGCUCCAGUUGACCAUGUACGCCUAGAAAGGCCCAUCCUCUCCCAGGUGAGCUCCACUCCACACGAGGACCAGACCUGCCAGCCUUUACCUCAACAUUCAGUGUUCCCCGACGGCCGUCAGCUCUCAUCCAGCUCCCCUCCUCCUCCUCCUCCUCCUCUCAGAUCCUCUGCUCUCUCCUCUCCGACACUUCACCUUUUCCACUUCUCUCUCUCUCGACAGUAGGUCUCGGGCCUUUUCACAUUGUCCUUUAUCAUCCAAAUAUCAGUCUCCUUUCUUUUCAAACUCACACUUACUUUGUACCGUACAUUUCUCAGGCAUCAAACACACACAACCUCCUUUUUUUCUGUCACGAUACCUCACAGUGCCUCUGCUGGUGAAACAUCUCUGUGCUGGUUCACUGUUCAUCCCCUGUGUGAUCAAACUGAGCAGCGCAGGCGUUUUUCUCUGGUGGACAAUGAAGAAACUUGUGAAUCACCCUGACACAACAUUUCUAUAAAAGAUUUGUGGGCAUCUCAAAACCGACAUCACUCUGCCCUCACCCUGUUUUUCACUCACUUAUUUUUGUCAAUAAAAUAAAACACCUGGACUUAUCGUUGGCCUUGAGUAGCACGUUAGUACGUUUCACUGGUGCGACAUCCUGGG